AUGCGCUUCGCCAGUGGCCUCCUGAUCCUUCUCUCCACUCUCCUGGUCCCUCUUCUCGUUCUUCCACUCGCUGUCGUGUUCGCGCCUGUUGCUAUCUCGUUUGUUGCCACACUCUUCACGCCGUGGAUCGCGCUUGGGCUCAGCGGGUCGAGCGAUGCUGACUGGCUCCGCUGGCGCAGUUUUCCACUCGUGGUGCCGAUGGUUCUGUUCGUCGACCUGCCUCUCGCCCUCUACCUCCUGGUGGCCACGACCAUCGUCGAUAUCCUCUUCCUCCAGCCCCUCGUCCUCCUCGCCUACGAGGCAGCGGUGCUUCUCUUUCGCCGCAAGACGCACCUGCCCUCGGCCGAUGACGCCGAGGCCCCGCGUCCCCGGCGCGUGCCCUCGGCCGAUGACGCCGAGGCCCCGCGUCCCCGGUGCGUGCCCUCGGCCGAUGACGCCGAGGCCCCGCGUCCCCGGCGUGUGCCCGCUGCCGCCUCAGAGGGAGACCACGCGCCGGCUGCUAGCGAUAAGGGCGCAAAAUACCGCGAUCAUGCCUCGGUCUGGGCGGCGCUGGAAGGCGAUGCGAACGUGCGGGCAGGCGACGUGCGGUUACUCAGCCUCAAGUGGCUCAUGGCGCUCGCCGACAAGGGCGGCGCGCUGCCGCGUCGGCAGGAGCUACCCGAGGAGGCGUUCGUGACUGCCGAGCAGCUGCGGCGGAUCGAGGCGGGCGCGAGGCGCGGCUUCGACACCCGCGAGUACAGCAAACUCUUGCAACGGAUGUUUGCCGACUACACAUUCUCCACCGAGCUUGAGCUUAUGGCGAGCCUGUUCCGCCGGAAGCGGAACGUCGACGAGUUGCUCCCGAUCGUCUCCAUCUCGUACUGCUGGCUCGAGGCGGCGCACCCAGACCGGGAGGGCCGUCAGCUGCAGCUGCUCUCUCGCAAGCUGCGGAGCCUGUACGGCGGGCGCGGCCUGCUCGGCGCGUGCCGCGACUACGGCUUCUCCGACAUGGGCGUGUUCCUCGACUGGGGCUCGGGCUACCAAAAGGACCCGGCGCUGUGGAGGGCGUGGAUGUCGCUGCCGGCGCUGUACUCGAUGAGCGACGACGAGCUCCGGAGAGUGGACAGCGAGUGGAUCGUCGACGAGCGGCACUCGCACGAGGCUUUGGCGGAGGGCGCGGUUUACGCGAUGAGCGAGGAGACGCUGCACAGCAUGGCGGACGGCGAGAGGCUGGUCGCCGAGCGGCGCGCGUACGAGCAGAGCCGGACCGGGGAGCAGAAGGCCGCGUUCGGUCGCAUGCUCCACCACACGAUGGACCUGUGGUAUGCCCACGCCGCCGUCACCGUCGUGCUGCUCACGCAGCUUCCCGACGAGCUGCCCGCUGGGCUCUUUUCCGCCGGCUGGAAGCUCGUCAUCGACGUCGCCGACGAGGCGGGCGGCGCCAAGAUGCGGCUGCCGGCCACGCCCGCGCGGAUGGAGGCGCUGCUCGCCAAAUGCCGCUUCACCAAUGGCGCCGACAAGGGCACGGUGCUGGCGCUGUACGAGCAGACGGCGGCGGCGAUCCUCGGCUCGCUCGACAAGCUCAGCGUCGCGGGGCUGCCGCUGGUGCGCGGCGACGUCUGGUGCUCGCCAUCGAGGCUCGCCGAGGCGCUCAACUACUGCUCGAGCCUGCGAGCCGUGGCUGUGGUCGGCGCCCGCCUCGACGACGACGGCGUGGCGGAGCUCGUCGCGGGGCUCAAGGACGGCGCGCUCCCGGCGCUUGAGGUCCUGGCACUCGGGCACAACCGCUACGGCGCGCGCGGCGUCGAGGCGAUCUGCGGCGUCUUUCGCCGUGGCGUGGCGCCGCGGCUGCAGAACCUCUCCUUUGCAUUCAUGCCUAUCGGCGACGCUGGAGCCGCCGCGGUCGCUGCCGCGGUCGCGACGGGCGCAGCGCUGCCGCCGCGCCUCGCGGUGACGAUGGUCCUCUGCGACGUGGGCGACGAAGGAGCGCGGAGCAUCGCGGCGGCGCUGUCGCUCGCUGGGCCCGGGUGCCGCUUCCAACUGAUGUUUAACCGCAUCGGCGUCGCCGGCAAAUCGGCGGUGCUCGCGGCGCUCGAGGCCAGGCAAGGCUGGGCGGCCUUCUCGCACAUGUUUAACCUCAUACAGAUGAGGUACGCCCCUGGGUCGGCAAUGCUGACGCGCGCGAUGGGGCGGGGGGGACAUAUUUCGAGCGCUCUGAUGGGCCAGAGCGGGUCGUACACGCGCCAGUAG